AUGGCUACCCAAAUUUCUACUGGAACCGCUGAGCUGCGGGACAUCACCAAAAUCGAGCGCAUUGGCGCUCACUCACAUAUUCGUGGACUAGGUCUUGAUGAAAGGUUAGAACCUCGGGCUAAUUCACAAGGCAUGGUUGGCCAGGGGAAGGCGAGAAAAGCAGCGGGAAUGAUUCUGAAGAUGAUCCAAGAAGGCCGUAUAGCUGGUAGAGCUAUACUUUUCGCUGGCCCACCUUCAACCGGGAAGACUGCUAUUGCUAUGGGAAUGGCGCAGGCCCUCGGAUCUGAUGUACCUUUCACGAUGAUUGCUGCUAGCGAAGUCUUCUCGCUUUCCAUGUCCAAAACUGAAGCGUUGACGCAAGCCUUCCGAAGAAGUAUUGGUGUACGAAUCAAAGAGGAAACAGAGAUUAUUGAGGGAGAGGUUGUCGAAAUACAAAUUGACAGAAGCUUAACUGGGGCCACCAAAACUGGAAAGCUAACAAUCAAAACAACCGACAUGGAGACAAUCUAUGACCUCGGGACAAAAAUGAUCGAUGCGUUAUCAAAAGAAAAGGUUCUCGCUGGAGACGUGGUUUCGAUCGACAAGGCAUCUGGUCGAAUAUCGAAACUCGGUCGCUCGUUUGCUCGUUCGAGAGACUACGACGCCAUGGGUGCUGAUACGAAAUUUGUGCAAUGUCCCGAGGGCGAGUUACAAAAACGCAAAGAGGUUAUACACACGGUAUCGUUACACGAAAUUGACGUGAUAAACAGCCGAACGCAGGGCUUCUUGGCUCUUUUCGCUGGAGACACUGGGGAGAUCAAGCCUGAACUCCGGAAUCAAAUCAACACAAAGGUUGCAGAAUGGAGGGAAGAAGGCAAAGCAGAGAUUAUACCUGGUGUGCUAUUCAUCGACGAAGUCCACAUGCUUGACGUUGAAUGUUUCUCAUUCUUAAACCGUGCGUUGGAAAACGAGCUCUCCCCGCUGUUCAUCAUGGCGUCAAACCGGGGGAUGAGCCGUGUUCGUGGAACAAAAAUCAAGAGUCCACAUGGGUUACCAGUGGACCUGCUAGACCGUGUUCUAAUCGUGAGCACGAAGCCUUACGCCGAAGAGGAUAUAGAGCAAAUUAUCAAAAUUCGAUGUCAAGAGGAAGACGUAACCUUGACUGCAGACGCACUCAAUGUCUUAACUUCCAUGGGCAAGCAGACAACACUCCGAUAUGCUUUAAAUCUUAUCUCAUGCGCACAUGUUGUUGCCACCAAGCGUAAAGCAGAGCGAGUUGAUGUUGAAGACUUGAGGCGAGCUUAUACGUACUUUAUGGACGAAAAGCGCAGCGUGCAGUGGAUGGAAGAACAGCAAGGUCAACUUCUUUUCGAGGAUAUAGAUGGGGGGAACCCAAAGACUGGUACUGGUCUGGGCGACGGGGGAGCCAUGGAGGAGGAUUAG